AUGGCUGAUCCAGCAACGACGAUGACCAACGACGAAACCGCACCAGCAUGGAAACUCGCAGUGCAAGCCGGCCAACCAAUGUGGUACAUUGGCUACGGCUCCAACAUGAAAGGAAGCUCAAUGAAAAGCAGAAGCAUCACACCGCUAGCCACCGAAGUCAUCACAGUCCCAACACACUACGUCACGUUUGACAUUUUCGGAGUUCCAUACUCGGAGCCUUGUUACGCUAGUAUUGCCGAAUUUCCACAUAACGGAAGCACGAAGCUAGAUCUGAUUCACAGCAACUAUCGAACACGAGUUCCAGCCCUCUGCGGCGUAGCACAUCUUUUGACUCUCUCUGACUUUCAUCGACUUCUGGUUACGGAGGGAAGUGGCGUUGUAUACGACAUUAUUACCGUUCAAGCGUAUCGUCUGGACAACUCUAGAAAACCUGUUGGUUUGCCGUUUACGGGAUAUACUCUGAAGGCGAAGUGGCCGCAAAGACCGAAUGGUAUCCCUAGUGCUCGUUACAUGCGUCUGUUCAUUGAUGGAGCAAAGGAGAACAAGUUCGGUAAGGAGUAUAUCGAGUAUCUGGAGAACUUUCCUGCGUAUCAUAAGGUAGAAGGACCGGGGCGAACGUAUGGACAGCUGGUGUUCGAUCUUGGUUGGAGGCCAUUCCUGAAAAGACUGAUUCGAUUGACGACGUGGAAUGUGGACAAGGACGGAAACUGUCCUGUGUAUAUCGCAUUCAUUAUUGUCUGGUUGUAUAAGUUUAUGUGGUUUUAUCAUGAUAGAACAUGA